AUGGCCACUGGUGGGAUCUGGGAGAGGAGAUGGAGCCGGGAAACUGGGAUGAGGAGGGGAAUGGAGGAGGUGGAAUCCCAGGCUGUCGACAGAGAGGCGAUACCCUCAGAUGCGGGAGAGCAAGGCACAGGGGAGCAGAAGGGACCCGACUGUGGGGGCUGGAGUGAGCUCAGGCGCAGGGAGGCGGAGCGGGGGGGCCGCGGAGCGGGCGAUGGGCACGGCCCCACCGGCGGUGCCCAGCCGCGGGCGGCGGCGGCGGGCAGCGCCGAGCCGGGCGAGCUCAUCGGACGGGCGCUGGAUUUCAAGAGCGAAGGGGCGCAGUGCUACAAGGACAAGAAAUUCCGGGAGGCCAUCGGCAAGUACCACCGCGCCCUGCUGGAGCUGAAGGCGCUGCUGCUGCUGCUGAGCCAGGAGCCGGCCGGGCAGCGCCCUCCCGCCGCCUCCGCCGCGGCGGGGCUGAGCGAGGAGCAGCGGCAGGCGGUGGAGGCCAUCGAGGUCGAUUGCUACAACAGCCUGGCAGCCUGCCUGCUCCAGGCCGAGCUGGUGAAUUACGAGCGGGUCAAGGAGUACUGCCUCAAAGUGCUGCAGAAGGAAGGUGAGAACUUCAAGGCGCUCUAUCGAUCGGGAGUGGCAUUUUACCACCUGGGUGACUUCAACAAGGCCCUCUACUACCUGAAAGAAGCAAGAUCCCGCCAGCCGACAGAUACCAAUGUCAUACGAUACAUCCAGCUGACAGAGAUGAAGCUCAGCAGAUGUUCCCAGAGAGAGAAGGAAACCUUGUGAAAAUGAAGCCACUUCAGCUGAAGUGCCCUAGGGGGAACAUUUCCUUCCUAGAAGCUCAUUUGGUGGAUUUUCCCAUUUGCUCUGCCUCAUCCUCAUCUCCUCAUCCAUUCACUCUCCCUUGCUCUUCAUUGAAUACCAGUUUUGAAAUGAAAGAGACUUGGACGCUGGAUAUGGCUGCUUGCCAACCAUGGUAAUACCCCUUCCCCGUGGCAAAAGAGCACAACAACUACAGCCAGCCUUGUUCCCAGACAGUGUCACACACCUGGAGUAGGCAAUGCUGGGGGACCUGUCUGGUCCUGAACUGACUGCCUAUUACCUAUUAGGGAAACAACCCCCAGAACAACGACUUCCUGACCAGGCAAGUUGGAGACAGAGGGUUCCUGCUCUGAGUGAUCACUGGAGCUUGGAAGAGCUAAGAAACCAAGAGAGCCACUGGUCAUUCCACAGGGAACAGCAAAUGCCUUUUUACCAUCAGUUCCCUCUGCCUGCUUCUCCAGUGUGUGUUAUUGGUCUUCAGUGAGAGCUCACAUGCUCCCAGUCUAAUGUCAGUGAAAACUGUUUCUAAACAUCCUCUUGAUGAAAGCACAGAGCACCCUAUGAACCCCCUGCAGAGCUGUCCUGGUGCCAGAGGAGAAGGCUGUGGGCCACCACAGAGCGCUGAAUGGACUGUGAAAGCAUGGUGUACAGUGUGAGGGAAAAACUGUGAAAUAAUUCAUUAAAGGCAAAUAAAAAUUAUUCAUAGGCAA